CGAAGAAACGUUGCUUUCGCUACGCUUCAAAUGGUCGAGAAAUAAUCUCUGAGAGACACGGAAGCAGAGAAAACACAGAGCAGCAGUGGGAGAGAGAGAGAGAAAGAUUGACCGCCAUUGAAACACCUUUCCUCUUAACUCUUUCGGAUACAGAGUUACCAACAUUUAACCUCCAUCCCCUCCAUUGUCUCUCUAAACUCUCCACUGUCUCUCUUGACUGUAUUUCCUUCGAACCGACACUCAAUACUGCCUAAGGGCUUAUUUGGGGCUUCACUAUAUAUUUUUUACUAGAAUAUAGCAAUGAAUUGUGAGUUGGGGUUCUAAUUUAUUGAAUUUAUCGAGUGGUUAAUUGUUUUUCUUCGAAAUUGAGGUGGGUUUGGUCCAAUCAGUAACCGAUUUAAUCUAAUUCGGAGACACCAGAGCUUACAAUGGAGCCAAAUCUAGGAACCAUAGUCCGAUCCAUCUCCAUCGGGCCCAACCGCGAGGAAACUGGACUCGAAUCACUCCAAUUCCGCGAGGAAAUCCACCGGCUCAUGACCGUACCGCCGGAAAAUGGGAGCUCCUUCACAGAGCUUCUCCAGCUCCCGGAGACGCAGGCCAUGGAACUCCUCCACUCGGCACACUCCGACGAAGUAGUUCCGGUGCCGCUAUCCGGAGAGCCUCUCCACGGAAUCAACGACGACCACAAAUCGUACCUCCCCUCGUUCAACGGCAAUCUCACCUUUCCUUCAAACAAAGUCCUAAUCGAACGCGCGGCGAAGUUCUCGGUCUUCGCCUCCGGCGAGCACUCGCCGGAGACGAGCUCGGUGCCGUCGGAUUCAAGCGCGAACUUGGAGAAGGUGAAGAGCGAGCCAGCAGAGACCGAUUCGAACCCCAACUCAUCCCAGCUCUUGGUUUCCGAUCCGGCGGUGAAUAUCAAGAACCAGAGGUCGGAGAAGAGGAAGGAGCGGGAGAAGAAGGGCAAAGGGUGUACGAAGAAGAGCAAGAUCGAAAUCUCCCAAGACGCUGAGAAGCUUCCUUACGUUCACGUCAGAGCUCGUCGCGGUCAAGCGACUGAUAGCCAUAGCUUAGCAGAGCGAGCGAGGAGAGAGAAAAUUAAUGCUCGGAUGAAGUUGUUGCAGGAGCUGGUCCCCGGUUGCAGUAAGACAUUUGCCAUGCAGAUUUCUGGCACAGCAUUGGUUCUGGACGAAAUUAUCAACCACGUACAAUCACUGCAACGGCAAGUUGAGCUCUUAUCAAUGAGACUUGCGACAGUCAACCCAAGAGUUGAUUUCAACCUUGACAGUUUAUUUGCUCCAGAGAGUGGAUCUUUAGCGGACAGUAACUUCCACAGCAUGGUUUCUCCCCUUUUGUGGCCAGAAAUUCCUUUCAAUGGAAACAGACAGCAACAUCAACAGCAAUGGAAUUUUGAUGCACUUCACCGACCACUGUGGGGAAGGGAAGAAGACAACCAUACUUUCAUCACGAUGGAAAACUCCCUUUUGAAUUACGAAUCAGCAAAUUCAGCAUCUUUGCACUCAAACCAAUUAAAGAUGGAGCUGUGAAGGCAUGGUGGAGUUCUUCCAGUAGCUAAUGGUGUAUAUAUACGAUAUAAUAUUAGCUGUUAGCAAGAAAUAGAGGAAAGGCCUCGAAAUUCAACACGGGUUUUCAUGUCUUCUAGUUGCAAGAAGAAUCAAUUGGGAAAAACCCGGAUUCACUCGAGAGGUUCAAAUUUAGGAUGUAGUAAUUCUGAUAUAUUAUAUUUAUCUAGAUCUUACUAUAUAUACUAACAUCAAGGGUCAUUCAAUCUAAGGCUUGGUUCUUAAGAUGAAUGAUUGAUUCUUGUUGUGAAGCCAUAUAACGUACUGUUGGUUAACUAUUAUGGAAGUCGGCUUCUUUCUUCAUGUAUGCUGUCAAGAUGUCUGUCUACAUUUCUUUUUUAAGACACUCCUUGUGCCAAGCACAGGCUAUUUGAAUAAUAUGCAGUGCAUCUCUUUUCUUUUAA